AUGGCGAACAACGCCCGAUACAAAGUAGACGAAAAUACGGAGCCGGGGUGGCUGCAUGGAUCUACGGACGAAGAGCGAUCGCGGCGGGCAGAUACGGAGAAGGAAAUCUUUGUGUAUGGAGCAGCCGGCGGGCUGCUAGCGCUAGGCAGGCAACGUUUCAGUGGCGGUCAGAGCCAGCCGCAGGAACAGCCGCACGACAGCCGACGCCAGGCAGAACAAUUCGCAGCAACUUGA